CCGGUGUACAUAAAAGGGAUUUUCCUCCUGUGUAGCGCCGUAAUUGUGCUGUCAUUUCCAGUUGACGGAAUUCUAGUCGGCAGAAGUGUAACGCGCAUCUAUGGAUAAGCACAUUCCGGGUGACCGAAGUGAUGUGUUUGCCGGCUUCGCCACGACAUUCAAGUCGUUCGCAACCGACGCCAUCCACGUCGGCCAGGAGCCGGAGCAGUGGAACUCCAGGGCCGUAGUGCCGCCGAUAUCGCUUUCGACCACGUUCAAACAGAGCCAACCCGGAAAGCACGCUGGCUAUGAAUACAGCCGCAGUGGAAACCCAACACGAGAAUGCCUUGAAAAGGCCGUAGCAGCGCUGGAUGGAGCAAAGUACAGCCUUGCUGUGGCUUCAGGGCUGGCUGCCACAUUGACCAUCACUCACCUGUUGAAGGCCGGAGAUGGAAUUGUUUGCAUGGAUGAUGUGUAUGGAGGCACAAACCGCUACUUCCAAAAAGUGGCAGCUGAAUUUGGGCUACAGAUCACCUUGGUUGACUGUACCAAACUAGAGCUACUCAAGGCAGCCCUAAAGCCCAACACUAAAAUGAUUUGGAUCGAGACGCCCACUAACCCCACUAUGAAGGUUGUCGACAUUAAGGCAUGCUCCGACUUGGUGCAUGAUCACAACAAAGACAUUGUGGUCGUGGUGGACAAUACAUUCAUGUCUGCCUACUUCCAGCGUCCUUUGGCUUUGGGAGCCGAUAUUUGCAUGUACUCAGCCACCAAAUACAUGAACGGUCACAGUGAUGUAGUUAUGGGGCUGAUGUCAGUCAACAAAGAGAAACUUUAUGAUCGACUGAAGUUUCUACAAAAUGCACUAGGUUGCGUACCAUCUCCUUUUGACUGCUACCUGGUCAACCGUGGACUGAAGACGUUGCAUCUGCGCAUGGAGUGCCACUUUAAGAACGCCAUGGCCGCGGCAAAGUUUUUAGAGGCAGAUUCUAGAGUGGAGCGUGUCAUCUACCCAGGUCUGCCCUCUCACCCACAGUAUGAAGUUGUGAAAAGGCAAUGCACCGGUUGUCCUGGAAUGAUCACCUUCUACAUUAAAGGGAAACUUGAACACGCCUCCACCUUUCUCGAAAGUCUCAAAUUGUUUGCUGUGGCAGAGAGUCUCGGUGGUUAUGAAAGUUUAGCAGAGCAUCCGGCAAUUAUGACUCAUUCGUCUGUGCCUGAGAAGGAAAGGAACAUCUUGGGUAUUAGUGACACUCUGAUUCGGCUCUCUGUGGGGCUGGAGGAUGAGGCAGACAUAAUUGCUGAUCUGGAUCAAGCGCUUGCUGCUGCUGGUAAAGACAUCAAAGUCUUUGCAAGGCCAGCAGAUGGCUCCUCCACAAGAGUCUUCCCAGAAACCUCUUCUCAGAAUCCAAUGAAGAACUGAAGUGUCCUCACAGCAGGGCUUGUUCUUUGGGAUGAAGAACAAUUAAACAAAGGUUGUGUGCCAAGAUGCUCAGUUAACCAGACACAAACAGAAAAAUCCACGCAUUGUUCUAAUAACAAACAAUGCAUUUUGUAAUUUCGUUGUGCUUUUCAUGCAACUUUGGAACAAAAGGAAUAUUAUUUAUCUGAGUUUACUUGGUUUUGUGUGUGUUGUGGAAUGCUUCAAAAAAGCUGAAUGAUAUAAAAUUUUACCACAUCAAGGUUCAUUAAUGUGUUGAACACAUUAUUCUGGAUCUGCAGACGUACAUGUAUCAUUCAAUUCCAUUUCUUUAAUUACAUUUCUUUAUCCCACUCUGAAUGUAAUACUGACCGCACGCGUGCUAUGCUAAUUAUGGUACGAGUAGCACAAAUCUCCGUCUCAAAUGUUAAGCACUUCAUUGCAAAUUUUUUUUAUAAAACAUGUUCAUACCAAAAUGACUAUCUGUAUAUUCAUUUUGAAACAUACUGAAUGUGCAAGAAUGACAUGAUUUGUUUUUAUUUGGUAUGUUAUAUGAAUAAGGAAUGAAUUGUGUAUUUUUUUUUGUUCUAAUACAUGAUU